AUGGGGCUCCCUGCUCCUGAGUCAGAAGACCACGGCUAUGGGAGCCGUGACUUGGUGGACACUGCAGUGUAUGGGAGCAGUCCCUGGGGCCAGGGCUGGACAUGGGCAUGCUGGGGAGAGCCCCACAGUGCCCUGCCCCACCUGGGCCCCCGGGUUCCAGAGCUGAUGUCACAAUGGUGUUCCAUUCUAACCCGGUGGUUGCCUGGCAAAAGCCCCAGUGCCUGCAGGGACGGUGCCGGGUGUAGCAGCACCAGCAGCACUGGGGGUGCUUUUCUCUUGCGGAGGAGCACUCCUGUCGAGCUUCACAAGCUCUCUAUUUACGGGUCUUCUCCCAGCCCUGUGAGGAUGGGCCAGUGGUUCUGCUGCUGCUGGUCCAGGGAUGACCCUGACCCUGAGCAGCAGCGCACGCGUGACCAGGCACAGCCCAAGCCGCUGCUGCGGGAGCGUGUGCGGGUGACCCAGGGCCAUGGCCAGGGGAAGAAGAGGGACCACCUCCUCUUCAAGGACAGCGUGGUCAUCACCAAGACCAAACGUGGCAGCACCCAGAGCCCGCUGCUCUGCCUGGCCCUGGGCGUGCUCCAGGUGCUGAGCGGCGGGAAGGGCUCAGCUGGGGAUGCCGCUGAGGACGAGGAGGAAGGGAAGGCCGUCAGCUCCCUUGUCUUCCUCUGGCCCUGUGGCUCUUGCGUUGUCACCUUCUGCUCCCGGGCAGUGAAGGAGCUCUGGCUCAGCGCCCUCCUUGGGCCACCGGAAGGAGUGCUAGGAGCCCGGGUGACACAGCUGCCAUCCAUCAGGCUCGUGCUGAAGGAGCUGAGGGGCCACAAUGCUGCGACGACACUGGAUGCCAACAGCCUGGAGAAGCUGCUCCAGCACCAGGCUCAGGCUUGUGCCAAGCAGCUGCCACCUCCCAUCUCUUCUGGCACUGAUGCUGGACGCGGCCACGUGGAUGCAGGCAGGUCCCACAGCAGCAGGAUGAGGCUGCCCUGGCCAUUUGCACGGCCAGGGACCUCAGCUGCACCAGAGGGGCUGGGGCCAUCAGGGUCUGCUUCCACGGGAGCUCUCUUUGGCCGCCCCCUCGGAGACCUCUGCAGCCAGGACGGCAUGCUGCCCCAGCCUGUUCAAGACCUGCUGGCUCUGCUCAAUGAGCACGGGCCAUCCACGGAGGGGAUCUUCCGGCGGGCAGCCAACGAGCGUGCCACUCGCGAGGUCCGGGAGGCCCUCGAUAGUGGGGUGGAAGUCCACCUUGAAAGCCAGCCUGUGCUGCUGCUGGCUGUCCUCUUGAAGGACCUCCUCCGGAAGAUGCCCUCCAAGCUCCUCGAUGGCCAGCUUUACGAGGAGUAGAUGAGCGCCAUGCAGCAGACCAGCAGGCAGGAGAGGCUGGCAGCACUGAAAGAGUAAGUGUGGCAGCAGCCUGCAGGGACCGGCACAGGCUGGGACUCACCUGCAAAGCAAUGGCCUGCCUGAAAGAGCCGUGGUUUCUGCAAGCCACCUCUCGCUUCUGUGGUGUUUUGGUUUGGGGGAAAAGGGCACAAGAAAGCAUUUCUCCCCAUGGAGUGCUUCCCAAAGGCACUGGGGCUUGCUCCAGCAGGGGCCUCUUUGAGAAGGGCAGGGAUGGAGAGAGGUGGCCAUAUCUCAGCAAAGGCAGUCCCUCUGCUGUAGAGCAGGCGGUGGCCUUGGGUGAGAUCAGCCUGGGAGACCUGUGUUGUCAACACCGACUUCAUUAACGUUGUGCUCCUGUUCCCUCAGGGUGGCCAGCAAGUUAGCAGAUGCCAACGUGCUCCUGCUGCGGCAGUUGCUGUCUCUGCUCAGCAACAUCUGCAGGAACAUGGCUGUGAGCAAGAUGACAGCUGGGAACCUGGCCAUCUGCCUGGGGCCAAACCUCCUUAGCCCACCCCGUGAGCUGCCCCUGGAUGUCCUGGCGCAGGAGACGGGAAAGGUACGCUGCGUUCAUCGCCAGGCUACAGCCACCCCAGCCCACCCCAGCUUUGCUGUUUGAAGGGCCCUGGCUGCCUCCUCCCGUCAGCAAAGCUGUGGGGCAGCAGCCGGCAAGAGCAGCCCCAUGGCCGCGCCUUCCUGCACAGAAGCAUGGGUGAGGCUGGGGAAGGCUAUUUGAGCCCUUAUCAGCCCCCGCGGUGAAAGCAGCGCUUUGCUGUGUGCAGGUGACGCAGCUCGUGUAGUUCCUCAUCGAACACCAGGAGGAACUCCUUGGGGCCGGGCUGGCCAGCGAGGGGCCGAGGAGCCACCAGCACCGCCAGCAGAGGCAGAAACAGCAGAGGUUUGUGAAGUGCACAAAAAGCAUGACAACAAAAGGCUUCCUCCUCAGAAGGUGGGGCUGCUGCCGCAGGGACAAGCACGGUCAGCCACCAGCCUGCAGCUCUGCCAAAGUGCAAAGCAAGGUGGAUGCAGCUCAGCCAUCCCGCUUUGUGCAGUGACCCCACAGCUGGCUCAGCUGAGCUGAACAAAGCCAUGCGAAGGCUGUGCCUUUCAGAGCUAAGGCAGCAAUUGGUCAGGGAGGUCCUUGCCCCCUGCUAACUUGCACAUUUCCAUUGCAGGUGCCUCCUGUCGCUCCUGAAAGUGAGCAACGGAAUAGCUUUUGUGGGGAGAAAAGGUAAGACUACCUAGCUCUGCUUGCUUCAAGGUAAUCAUGGCUUCAGCUAACAAUACUGUUGAAUGGAAAGGUUGCCAGGCUCUGCAAGAGGGAACAGAAUGCAGCGAGCAGCCUCUGAAGAGGGGAGUGAUGGGCCACCAUGUAAGAAGAAGAGCAGGUUGCAGACCGAGCCCUUAUCAGGGAUGGGCAACUGAAAGCAGGGGAAGAAGAAGGAGGAGUGUGGGUACGUAGCAGACCCUGUUUUCCAUCUUUCUAAGUUCUGAGUAUAGGAAAUAUUCCUGAGGUGCACAGGAUGGUCCUAGAAAGGAGGCAUUCAGAUGUCCUCAGUGGAACAUGUAUGUCAGCAGAAGCAUACCACCGCAGCAUUGGCAGGUUUCAUUUUGCACUUGUAGAAGCUCAGUUUGUGUAAGUCUGAUUUUAGUAUGGCACAGUGAGGGAUGCUGCUGCUUGGGGUUUGGAAAGGACCAUAUCAGAGCUUCCCAGGGCUCCCUGCCGAGCCCUGCUGCCUGGCAAGGCGGCGCCACACAUCCCUGUCAACUUG